CACGUCUGACAGUCAGCGCCCUCGCUGCUCCCUUUCUUUAACCCUUCUCUCCUAAAAGCCUCUCUUCGUUUGUGUCAAUCGCUUUUUUCAGUGCGCACAACCGUCCGACGCUCAUUUUGUCGCUGCGCACCCUUUGCGCCGAACAGAAACCUCAUGCCUCCCCUGCCCCAUCGAUAACCUAGCGGAGAGGGCAAUGCAACGCCCGAAGCCUUGGACUCUGCAGUUGAGACUGCUCGUAUACCUCUUCGCUGCAGUUUCCUGUCUUACACUAUGGACAUCCUUUACACCACGCUUGUUCGCCCGCGCCGAAGUCCUCGGCGCUCCUGGUACCGACCUUUCUGACGCUCCUAUAUUACAUGCGCUCGCAGGCGAUGGCCUUUCGGAUACCGGGGAUACUAGUUAUGACGGAGAAGAAAGCGAGGGCUACGAGCCCGAAUUUGGAUAUCUCGAUCGAGACCUGAUCGGACGACAAGUAGAGGAAAUGGACCGACUGGUCAACAAUCAGAAGAUGGAGAAGGAUAUUGAUCCUGAGAGUACGAUACACUUUGUGCUGGAGCGAAGCCAGCUGCGUUUGCGCCGCGCCGAUGAAAUUUCUGAGGAUGCUCUGGAAGCACGAGGAACAGAGAACAUGUCGCAUAGACCUGGACUUGAAGGACGAGAUAUGGCAGAAGCGCAGGACAGUGAGGGGCUGAGCAAGCGGCAGACUAACGGUACUCGUGUAUGGCUCACGGCCAACACCUGUAAACAACCCGUGCCUAAUGGCAAUGCGACCGAAGCAUCCAAAAACCACCCCCAGCUCGUCAUGUAUGUGUCAACUUCACCCGGGAACAAGAGACCCGGACCAAGCAAUACCGACAACACAAUUACAAAUCUUACGACGGGGCUGUUCAAUAGUGGAUAUGCCAGUUUUGAGUUUAACACGACUUCCGAUGUAUAUAUUGGCAUUUCGGCACCCAAGCUCGAAGAAGACUGGUUUGGGAGCUGGCACUUUGAGCUUGCUGCAAGUACUGACGGUCCCUAUCACAACUACAACGCAUCAGACCCAUUCUUGUACAUGAUUGAUACAGACAGCGAGUCUGCACUGUUCAUCACGUACGACCUUGGCGAUUCCAACUCGACCGAAGCCGUGAACAAGUGGAAACAGCAGAACCCCUUCUCGAUGUACGCUUUCCAAGCGGGCGAAUACACACCAAUCACGGGCAUGGAGCGGUCGUACUGUGCAAUCAAGGAACAAUUCAACGUGAAUACCACUCGAAACUUUACAAUUGAUAGUAGGAUUACUACAAAGUUUAGAGUGAACAAAGAUGAUAAUUUCCCAAAGAACCAAUUCCACGUCAGGGGUCUACAGCGGGCUACGACGUACAAUGGUUUCGUGGUGAUUGAAGGAAGCCAGGAGCCCGAAUACAUUCCCGGUGCGGGUAUGACGAGGGGCGGUGGGCGAGUCUUCCAGGCCUUCAACUGGACGACCAAAGCAGACGAUUCCUGCCAAGUACUCUUCGACCUCGACUUCUGCGAUUCAGUCGCCUACGCCGUCCCCUCCAACGCAACCUUCAAAUUCAAUGACACAGCCCUCGCUGAAAUCUACGACAAUCAAGCCCGCGACUACUACGCCAACUUCACCAAAUCCCUCGCCCAAGUCGCCUGUGACGCCAAACCCGAGUCGCAGUACUCACUCGCGCGCACAUGCGCAGACUGCGAACGCGACUAUAAAAACUGGCUGUGCAUGGUGCUCAUUCCUCGCUGCGAAGACUGGACCGCAAAAGACAGCUACCUCCAGCCGCGCAACAUCAACGCUCCCUUUGCAAACGGCUCGGUCCCGCUACGCAACGAAGUCGCGCUGCAAUUCAACGAUACGUAUCGCGAGAAUGUGGGGUUCUCGCAAUCUCGCAAUCCGCUGAUUGACGAGCUAAUUAAACCGGGGCCGUACAAGGAAAUGAAGCCAUGUGAGAACAUAUGCUUUGAUAUUGUGCGGAGUUGUCCAGCGAAGCUAAAGUUUGCGUGUCCGAGUGGGCGGCAGAGAGAGGUCAUGUACGGGAAGAUGGAUGAGGAUCCGAAUCGGUUGACGUGCAGUUUCCCCGGUGCGGUGGUGAAGCUUAAUGCGAGGAGUGAGGCGGGGAUGGUCGAAGUGAGUUGGUUGGGUGUUGUUGUUGGGUUGGUUGCUGCAAUGGCUUGGAUUUGAGGUGCGUCAGGAUGAGUCGAGCAUCAAGGUUCAGAGUGGACAUGGAGAUGCGUAGGGCAUUGGAGAAGGUGAUCAUGCUGGAUUGAAGGUGUUUUUUUGGGAUAGCAAAAGUGGAGGCAUCGUAAGGGCGCUUUAGAAUGUGUUCAGGCUGCAAUAAGAAGUUAUUUUUUGUUUUCAAGUUUGCGCAUUGCAGCAGUUACGCCUAGCUGAUGAGCCACGGGAACUACUCUGCCUCCUCAUCAUUACAAAGCAACAUGUACACGGCGCAUAUUCCUACAUUGCUAUAAAAGACAUAAAAGUCACACACCCAACCCUUCAAGUCCUCAAAAAGAACGCUUCCCUCAGCGCCAAAGCCAAGCCACGCCAAAGCCCUUCCCCGUC